GUGCAACACAAACAAAAACCGCCGCUGCCGGGUGCAACGAUGGCUGGGAACCGUACAAAGACGAAAAGUGCUUCAAGCUGAUUGAAAGCACCGGCACACAGUCUUUUCCCAAUGCGGAGAAGACCUGCGAGAUCAACGACAACUCAAAGAUGAUCUCCGUGCUUUCUCUUGACGAGCAAAAGUUCCUUGAAGAGUUUCUUUUUAAGCGUCAAGGCGUGGUUGAUAACGUCUGGCUGGGAGCAAAAAGUGACACCUCAGUUCCAAAAUAUACCUUCUUUUGGGUCAAUGGCGGGGCGAAAUUAACUACUUUUACAAAUUGGGCAGUGGGAAACCCAAAAAAUCAAUCUAAUAUCGGUGAUUCCUGCGUUCAAAUGCACGCCGAGGCGGAACAGCGAG